GCCCUGUAAAUGGUGAGGGUUGAGAGUAUAUAAGGAGCCCUGGCAGAGAGCGAAGGGACACACCUCGACUUCCUCUGCUUUUUCACUCGCCUUAGAGAAGCACAAGCUCGAUCAGAUUGUAAAAAUGGCCUUUGCUGGAGUGUUGGCUGAUGCUGAUGUGAACGCAGCUAUUGCUGCCUGCGAGGCCCCUGACAGCUUCGACUACAAGGCCUUCUUCGCCAAGGUUGGUCUCGCUGCCAAGUCUGCCGAUGAUGUCAAGAAGGCUUUUGGCAUCAUUGACCAGGACAACAGUGGAUUCAUUGAGGAGGAUGAGCUGAAACUGUUCCUGCAGAACUUCAAGAGCGGUGCCAGGGCACUGACCGACAAAGAAACCAAGGCUUUCCUUGCUGCUGGUGACAGUGAUGGUGAUGGCAAGAUCGGAGCUGAGGAGUUCGCUGCUCUUGUAAAGGCUUAAAUUUCCAUCUGACCAAGACCUUUCUCUGUUCACGGAACCAGAACUUAUGCUACUGCUCAUCUGACCUAAGAUCAUAUUUUUAUAUGUUAUUUAUGAACUGAUGUCUACUUGAAAUUGUCCUGAAAGUGUAUUUUUAUCAUUAUCUGGACAUGUUGGCUUGUGCAAAUGUCUAAUGCAUUUCUGGGGAAGAGUGAAAAACAAGGAAUAAAUGUAAUUGGUGUAACUUCUUGAA